CUCGGCUGGGGCACCCAUCUACAGGACAGCUGAGCUCAAGGUCUGGACACCCCAAGAAUCGCUGCAACACAUAAACUUUCUUGAACUUCAAAUGGUUUUCAGUGCUUGCAGGAAUUUCCUCCACAUCAUUUGAGGUCAGUCAAUACAGAUUCUCACCGACAACAUUUGCACGGUGUAUUAUGUCAACUGACAAGGAGGUGCGCGUUCCCGCCCACUUUGUGCAGAGGCAGUUCGUCUCUGGAAUUGGGCGAUCCAGCAUGGUAUCACCCUGACUGCAGCUUACCUUCCUGGCAAGGAUAAUGUGAUUACUGACGCCCUUAGCAGGCAGUUCUUCUCCCAACACGAAUGGGAGUUGCACACCAAAGUCGUCUGCAACCUCUUCCAAUGCUGGGGUAGGCCACUCGCCGCAACAGGAAGUGCCAUCAAUACUGUUCAUGAGAGGGCGUCGGCACAGGCUCCUUGGGGGAUGCCUUCCUACUGGACUGGAGUCGUCACAAAUUGCUGUAUGCCUUUCCCCCUCUCCCGCUCAUCCCAAGGGUGCUGGAGAAGAUAGAGCGUGCAACAAUAAUUUUUAUAGCACCCUUUUGGCCUCAGCAGACGUGGCUAACACAGUUGUUGAGGAUGUCGGUUGCCAAACCACGAUGACUACCGGAACUGUUCAAUUUACUAUCUCAGCAGCACGGUACAAUGAUCCAUCUGUGCAUCAAGCACAUUCACCUGACAGUGUGGAUCCUAGCUGGCUCCAAGCGUCGCAGUUUUGUUCUCAGGAGGUGAGACACGUACUGAUUAACAGAAGGCGGCAUACCACACGCAAGACUUACCUUCAGAAGUGGCAUCGCUUUCAGUCAUGGUACGCAGCAAGAAAUCUCGACUCUCUCUCGGUGCCUGUCCAGCAGGUGCUGGAUUAUAUUAUGCACCUAAAGACGGUGGGAUUGGCAAUUUCUUUCCUCAGAGUACAUUUAGCGGCAAUUUCCGCUUUCCGUCCACCUAUUAACAACCAUUCAAUAUGUGCACACCCCCUCAACAAAAGGUUUUUGAAGGGGCUCGACAGCCUAUAUCCAGCUCACAGGAUCCCACCGGAGCCUUGGGACUUGCUUUUAGUAUUGGACACUAUCAUUCACCCUCUCUUCGAACCACUAGCAACGUGUGAUUUACAGAUGCUUACGAUGAAGGUGGUGUUCCUGCUUGCCAUUACGUCUGCGCGUCAAGUAAGCGAAUUAGCGGCUCUGUCGGCGGACCCGCCGUACACACAGUUCUCCAACGGUGCUGUGGUACUUCGUGUACACCCGGCCUUUCUACCAAAGAUCAACUCUGCUUUUCAUAUAAACAAACCCAUGUGUUUGACGACGUUCUACCCAAAGCCUCAUUCCUUGCUGGAAGAGUCCCGUUUGCACACCCUAGAUGUCAGACGAGUGCUGGCAUUUUAUCUUGAAAGAACAUAUGUCUUUCGAAAGUCUCAACGACUGUUCCUGUCUACAGCCGAAUGCUCCAAAGGCAAACAGCUCUCUGCACAGCACAUCUCCACUUGAUCGUCGCUUGCAUCAGAUGUUGUUACACUCUAUGUAACAAACCACUUCCAGGCCGACCUUGGGCCCACUCUACCAGGGGCAUGGCGGCUUCCACUGCCUAUUUUCGCUGGGUACCAUUGCAGGACAUAUGCCGUGCAGUGACCUGGUCCUCUACUCUUACUUUUGCUAGACAUUACACUCUUGCGAAUACACUAAAGACCGACUCAGCGGUAGCCCGGGCGGUCUUGUCUGCAGCGCAGAAACGAUGAGUCUGAAGCACACGUCUACCAUUGGGCCACUGCUGUGGACUCACCUUGAGUGGAGCACCCUCGGGGACACUACUCGAUGAAGAAGAGCGAGUUACUCACCAUGUGCAGUAAUGUCUGUUCUUCGAGAUGUGUGUCCCCGUGGGUGCUCCACAUCCCACCCUCCUCCCUGCUUUGGAGUUUUCUGUUUGUAUUUUUCAGAUGCUUCCGGUUGGGAGGAAGCUGACUAGCCAGACCGCGCUCAGCUGAGAGGCGCGAAGCAGCAGUCGCACAUGCGUGGUCCAGUGCGGGGGGGCUACUGCUACUGAAAAUCCUCCGGUUUACAGCAC